GUUUGAUUUGGCUUGCAAGUGUUCCAACUCAAGAUUCAGGAGGAACUUUGGAUUUGAAUGAAUCAAAUCUUUUCCUUGAUUUGACUGAUAUGGUGCGUGCUGAUACUGAAUUUGGAGUGAUGGGUCUUGCAUUUCAUCCAAAUUUUACUAAAAAUGGACAUUUAUUUGUUUCAUUUAAUUGUGAUAAAGUACAAGUAGCAAGUUGCUCUGGAAGAUAUCAAAGUGUUGUAUCAGAAUUUAUCGCUAACAGUUCCUCAUCAACACCUUCAGAGGCAACAUCUACUGUCAGGUUGGUUGAAGGAUCUAAAUCUCUAAUUUUACAAGCUGUUCACGAGAUGUCAAUGAUUGCCUUACGUUGUCUGGGAGUUGCCUACAAGGACGAUGUUGCUUACAUUUUUAAUUAUGACGGUGAAGGCCAUCCUGCUCAUACGCUUCUAAUUGAUUCUUCUAAUUAUGCUUUUAUAGAAAGUGAUCUCCUAUUUGCUGGUUUGGUUGGGCUGAGGGAUCGUCCACUUGAAGAAGUUUACCAAGCUAUCGAGAACUGUAAAGCAGCUAGCAAUCGAGUAAUGGCGAUAACAGGAAACCUCUCUCAGCAAUGCCUUAAUGCUCUUACUUCUUUCAACAUGACAUUAUUGCAAAGUUUUUGGGACUUCCAAAAGGCCACUCCAGAGGAAGGAAAUAUUGAGAACAAAAUUUUUGAUCCAGGAAUCUGUCUUCUGCAACUUCUUUGUCAAUAAGGCAUCUCGACGGAGUCGAGCUCUUUUUAUGCAAGGGGAGAAUGAUGUAGGAACAUCUUAGCCUAUCUUAUGC